AUGAUCAAGGCAAUCUUCUACAGCAAAUUCGACACCCAAGAAGGUCCGAAGGUUGUUCACCAGGUCCCUGACGGCGCCAUCGUCCCCUCGGCCACCGCGCCCGCACAGCCCCUCUUCCUCACAUUCUCCGAUAUUUCCUUCUUCGUUAUCCCCCGCCAGGAGCUCUGUGGCAAUUUGCUUCAGGUCUGUACAAAUGGCUACCGUAUUCUGGGAUACCCGAUUUGCAUGAGCAACCCCCGCUACGACCGAAAUGAGUUCAUCUUCAACUUCUGUGUGGUACUGGCCGAGGAGGAUGAUUUCAGCACCUAUAAGAGCGUGGUACAAAAACUGGCCGACUUGAUGCAUGCUCUGGAGGAACAGAACAGCUUUCUUUCAAAAGAUUUCUCCAAGAGCGGCGAGGGCAAAGUGCAUAGCCUUUGCGAGAUGUUGAUGGAGGACUUGAACAAUUAUUGCGAAUGCAUGAUCCCCAUCGAUGAGCUCAACACCUUGAACAUCAAGCUCUUUCCUAUCUACCCCUCCCCACCACCGGUCAAGGCCUGGCUUGUGCCUCUCUUCACCGUCCGAUAUCAGGCCUUCAUGGACGAGAAUUGGGACUUGACCAUGCAACGGAUUGUGCCUCAUAUCAAUGGCGUCAACAGCGUCCGCAUCAUUUCCAUCCUCGCCGACACCGACUUCUCCCUCACCUGCCGCGCAAUCCGCCACCUCCUCUAUUACGGAUGCCUCUUCCUCCUCGAUAUCUUCUCCUUCUCGGCCAUCUACGCCCCCACCGCCCAGUUCAGCGCCGCCAUCGCCUCUGACGAAGCCAUGCAGCAAGAGUGCGCGCGCUAUGUAAACACCCGCUUCGCACCACACUCCCCCCUCGCCCCGCCCUCCGCCCUACCCCCUGUCUCCGCAACCACCACCACCGCCAGUAGCCCCGGCGCGGCCGUUCUUGCCAGUCCGCUCACUGACCCCGCCCCCAGCCUCUCCCGUGACGAUUCACGCUUCGACGCGGAAGAAAUCUGGCCGCUGCUCGGCGACCCGGACGACGGGGCGACUAGCAGCAGCACUGCAACCAGCGCCACGGAAACGCCCGCGCGCGCAGGCCAAGGCCCGACGGUGGUCGACGGCAUCGGACUGGUGGAGCUGUACGCAGCGCUGAAGCAGGGCCAGAGCGUGAAGCAGUGGUACGCGGCGCACAGCCGGGCGCUGGCGCACAUCGAUAUCCGGCGGUUCAUCACGUUCGGCGUGAUCAAGGGCUUCCUGUACCGCGUUCACAAAUACGCGGCUGCGACGGGGCAGCCGGCGCCGGCGCCGCGCUCCGCCUCGCUGGCACACCGGUCCGGCACCUCAUCGCGCGCCACAACCGGCAACAACACGCCCUAUGCGGCAUCAAGUGUGGGUGAGGACGCGCCAUUGACGGCGGCAGCGCGGCGGGAUGGUAGUCGCGAGCGGGCGGGGUCGUUGCAGAGCGGGAGUCGGGGCGCUGGGGGCAGUGCAGUGGGUGGUGGGUGGUGGGAUGGGGAGGAUGAAGUGGAUGAUCAGGUGCUGGAGAAGUAUUUGGAUGGAACGCACUCGUUUGAUCAGAUUUGUACGGAACUGGAGAUUAGUGAGCGGGAUUUGACGGCGAGGUUGAAGCGGUAUCCCGGGGAGGUACUGAUUAUACACCGGUGA